GAAUUAAAAAAAAGAAACUAUGGCCAGUAUAAAGCUGAAAAAGUUGGAGGAAUAUUUGCAUGGUGUUGAUAGUUUUGAAAAACCGAAAAUCAAAUUAGAGCAAUACAUUACACCACCACACAUUGCUAGUUGUGUGCUCUACAACAUUCAGACACUGUAUGGUGACAUUGAAGGGAAAUAUGUCGGUGAUUUAGGUUGUGGUAGUGGCAUGUUGAGUAUCGGUUCUUUUCUUCUUGGUGCCGGCAUGACUACUGGUUUUGAAAUUGAUGGAGACGCAUUAAAUACUUUUCAAUACAAUGUAACGGAAAUGGAAUUGCCGGGCAUUGAUUGUGUUUUAUGUGACGUUCUAGCUUUGCCUAAGUGUGGUAAAUGGGGAAAUGCCUUUGACACGAUUGUUACCAACCCUCCCUUCGGAACCAAAAAUAAUUGUGGAAUUGAUAUGUUAUUUGUUCAGACUGGUAUAUCAAUGGCCUCUGGUGCUGUUUAUUCGUUUCACAAAAGUUCUACACGAGAUUACAUUCGUAAGAAAGUUAAAGAUUGGCACGUGAAAGGUAACGUAGUUGCAGAAUUGAAAUACAACAUUGACACCAGCUAUUCCUUUCAUAAAAGUAAAAGUGUCGAUAUUAAUGUGGACUUUUGGAGAUUCGAUGUAACUGAAAAAGAUAUUUGAAUUGAAUUUCUGGUAGAUUAUAUUUAAGAUUCUCAUAUAUUCUGAAGUUAACAUUAUUGAUUUAUGUAAAAUACCAGAAAAUUUUGUACAUAUGAAUCUUUAUCUGUAUGGUUGAAACUAUGCAUGUAUGUCUAUUAUUAUUUGAAACAGACCAACCUAUUUUUCCAAAUACAUUCUAUUCCAACUAGAUAUUUGCAGCAACAGCAUUUUCCAAGCAUUUAUAAAAAUAUCUAAAACUAUUUUACUGAUGUCAGAAAAUAGUAUUUUUUAAUAAUAACAAUUUCCACUUAUAUAUCGAAAAACGGUGGUUAAAACACGUUGUUGUUUUAUCAGCAUAAGUCAUUCAUACAGGUACAAGCUAUAAAUAUACAUAAGUAAAUGAAAAAUAAAAUAUACAUUAAUAUGCAAUGCA